GAACAGAGCAGCUCAGCCUGGUUCAGUGUUUCUUCCUGACAGCAAGUCAGUGAUGCAGGAGCAGCUGAGUGACAGCAGCCUGUUGUUAGAGGUCUGGGCUCCAGGAGGACACAGAUGGAGAGAAUCACCAACUUCAGCCCGGUUCUGGUCCAGAUGGGUCCAUGAUGGAAAUGCUGGCUGGUAUGUAAACAGAACCUCACAGAAUGGGUUUUAAUCCUCAUGUUUCUGUCAGGAUCCAUCAGAGACUCAAACUAGAACCAGAACCCAGCUGUGUGUCCUUUAAGAGCGACAGGUCAAAGGAUGCUAACCCUGACUUUAAAUCUCCUGGAUCUCCACCCUCAGAGAGGAUCCAUCAAAGACUCAAACCAGAACCAGAACCAGAACCAGAACCCAGCUGUGUGUCCUUUAAGAGCGACAGGUCAAGGGAUCCCAUCAUUAACUUUAAAUCUGCUGAACCUCCAUCAGACAGAGUGGACCAGCAGAGCUCAGAUGUCCCCAGUAAUCCGUCUGCCCAGCAGCAUCAAGCACAGCUGGACUCCAUAUUUAUGCUGCUGGAGGAAAACAUUGUCACUUUUGUGAAGAACGAGCUGAAGAAGAUCCAGAAGGUUUUGAGUCCAGAUGACCCAGAAUGCCCAGAGAGUCAGAGAGAUGAGGAGGAGGAGUUGGAAGGUGAAGAUGAAAAGCAGAGGAGGAGCAACAGAAAGGCAGUGAUGGAGAUCACACUGAACUUCCUGAGAAGGAUGAAGCAGGAGGAACUGGCUGACCAUCUGCAGAGCAAGCAUCUUGCUGCAGUUUGUCAACAUCAACUUAAAUCUGGUCUGAAGAAGAAGUUCCAGUAUGUGUUUGAGGGAAUCGCUACAGCAGGAAGUCCAACCCUUCUGAACCAGAUCUACACAGAGCUCUUCAUCACAGAGGGAGGGACUGGAGAGGUCAAUGAUGAACAUGAGGUGAGACAGAUUGAAACAGCAUUCAGGAAACCACACAGACCAGAAACAACAAUCAGACAAGAAGACCUCUUUAAAGUCCCACCUGGAAGAGAUCAACCAAUCAGAACCAUGAUGACAAAGGGAGUGGCUGGCAUUGGGAAAACAGUCUUAACACAGAAGUUCACUCUGGACUGGGCUGAAGACAAAGCCCACCAGAACAUCCACUUCAUAUUUCCAUUCACCUUCAGAGAGCUGAAUGUGCUGAAAGAGAAAAAGUUCAGCUUGGUGGGGCUGAUUCAUCUCUUCUUUACUGAAACCAAAGAAAUCUGCAGCUUUGAACACUUCMAGGUUCUGUUCAUCUUUGAUGGCUUGGAUGAGAGCAGACUUCCGCUGGACUUCCACAACAAGGAGAUCCUAACUGAUGCUACAGAGUUCAGCUCAGUGGAUGUUCUGCUGACAAACCUCAUCAGGRGGAAACUGCUUCCCUCUGCUCUCCUCUGGAUAACCACACGACCUGCAGCAGCCAAUCAGAUUCCUCCUGAGUGUGUUAGCAUGGUAACGGAGGUCAGAGGGUUCACUGACCCACAGAAGGAGGAGUACUUCAGGAAGAGAUUCAGAGAUGAGGAGCAGGCCAGAAGGAUCAUCUUCCACAUCAAGAGAUCGCAAAGCCUCCACAUCAUGUGCCACAUCCCAGUCUUCUGCUGGAUCACUGCUACAGUUCUGGAGGAGGUGUUGAAGACCAGAGAGAAAGGAGAGCUGCCCAGAACCCUGACUGAGAUGUACAUCCACUUCCUGGUGGUUCAGACCAAAGUGAAGAAGGUCAAGUAUGAUGGAGGAGCUGAAACAGAUCCACACUGGAGUCCAGAGAGCAGGAAGAUGAUUAGGUCUCUGGGAAAACUGGCUUUUGAUCAGCUGCAGAAAGGAAACCUGACCUUUUAUAAAUCAGACCUGACCGAGAGUGAUAUUGAUAUCAGAGCAGCCUCAGUGUACUCAGGAGUGUUCACACAGAUCUUUAGAGAGGAGAGAGGGCUGUACCAGGAGAAGGUGUUCUGCUUCAUCCAUCUGAGUGUUCAGGAGUUUCUGGCUGCUCUUCAUGUUCAUCUGACCUUCAUCAACUCUGGUGACAACCUGAUGGAAGAAACACAAAUAUCUAACAGGUCUUUAUUAUUUAGGAAGCCUAAAUUAAAAUCUUUCCAACAGAGAGCUGUUGACCAGGCCUUAGAGAGUCCAAAUGGACACUUGGACUUGUUCCUCCGUUUCCUUCUGGGACUUUCACUGCAGACCAAUGAGAAACUCCUACAAGGUCUGCUGACACAGACAGGAAGUAGCUCACAGAACAAUCAGGAAACAGUUCAGUAUGUCAAGGAGAAGAUCAGUGAGAAUGAGUCUGCAGAGAAAAGCAUCAAUCUGUUCCACUGUCUGAAUGAACUGAAUGAUCGUUCUCUAGUGGAGGAGAUCCAACAGUCUCUGAGUUCAGGAAGUCUCUCCACAGAUAAACUKUCUCCUGCUCAGUGGUCAGCUCUGGGUUUCAUCUUGGUGUCAUCAGGAGAAGAUCUGGAUGAAUUUGACCUGAAGAAAUACUCUGCUUCAGAGGAGAUUUUUCUGAGGCUGCUGCCAGUGGUUAAAGCCUCCAACAAAGCUCAGUAAGGAAACAGAUUGUUACUGAAUGUAGUUUUAAUAGAGAGAAAUUCAAAUUUUUUCAUCAGUUCUUUAUAUAUCUUUUUUUCUCUCCUCAGACUAAGUGGCUGUAACCUCUCAAAGAAAAACUGUGAAGUUCUGUCUUCAGUUCUCAGCUCCCAGUCCUCCAGUCUCAGAGAACUGGACCUGAGUAACAACAACCUGCAGGAUUCAGGAGUGAAGCUUCUCUCUGCUGGACUGAAGAGUCCAAACUGCAAACUCGAAACUCUAAGGUAUGAUGUUCUUAAUGCUGGAGAAAAAGAACUUCUGUCCAUUAGGGUUAAGUUCAUUAGGGUUCACACAUUAGAAAUUUGGAGAAUCCAUGAUCUUGGGUUAUCAUGUAUUGAAUUGUGUGUCUGCAGCUUGUCAGGCUGUCUGAUCUCAGAGGAAGGCUGUGCUUCUCUGGCCUCAGCUCUGACCUUUAACCCCUCCCWUCUGAAAGAGUUGGACCUGAGCUACAAUCAUCCAGGAGACUCAGGAGUGAAGCUGCUGUCGGCUGGACUGAAAGAUCCAAACUGGAGACUGGAAACUCUCAAGGUGGAGCCUGCUGGAGUCCGAUGGUUGACACCAGGUCUGAGGAAGUAUUCCUGUCAACUCACCAUCGACACAAACACAGUGAGCAGAAAACUGAAACUGUCUGAAAACAACAGGAAGGUGAUAUGUGUGGAGAAGUUUCAGUCAUAUCCUGAUCAUCCAGACAGAUUUGAUAACUGGCCUCAGCUACUGUGUAGAACUGGUCUGACUGGUCGCUGUUACUGGGAGGUCGAGUGGAGAGGAGGAGUUGAGAUAUCAGUGAGUUACAGAAGAAUCAGAAGGAAAGGAGACGGUAGAGAUUGUUGGUUUGGAUGGAAUGAUCAUUCCUGGAGUCUGAGAUGUUAUGGUGAUAAAGGUUACUCCUUCUGGCACAAUAACCAAGAGACCUUUAUCUCCUCCUCUUCUGCCUCUAACAGAGUAUCAGUGUAUGUGAACUGUCCUGCUGGCAUUCUGUCCUUCUACAGCGUCUCCUCUGACUCUCUGAUCCACCUACACACCUUCAACACCACAUUCACUGAACCUCUCUAUGCUGGGUUUACAGUCUGGUUUCCUGGUUCCUCUUCAGUGUUUCUGUGCCGAGUUGAGUCUAAAGAGUCUAAAUAUUGUCCUCCUGUCAGAGAAACUCUCCCUCGGUUUAACAGAUAGUUCAGUUUCUACAUGUUUGUCUCUUUCACUCAGAAACACAUUUUCAGAUUUAUGGAUUCAAUCCGUUUCUGUUUGAAACUCUAAAUGAUUCCUUGGAAACUUUUUCCUCUUCCAGUCCUUUAAAAAUGGAAGCUGGGAAUAUUCCAGGAUUACUUCAGGAUUCACAUGUUUUUUCUGUUUCCAGUCGGGAUGUUGUGAUUUUCUCAUGUGUUUUUUUGUCCUUUCAACAUUUCAAUGAAAUCACAGAGAAUGUUGAUCAGUUUUUCUCAAUCACUGGACAUUAUCUCUUUCUGUCAACUCCUGUUUUUGUUUUUUUAAAUAUAUUCUUUAAACUCAUUUAUUUAACAUCCAAAAAAGGAGGGUAAUUUUAUGUGUCUGAAUAAAAUAUCAAUAUCUACUUUAUUUUUACAUCCAAAAAUAUAUGAAUAGUUUAUGGUUGAAGUGUCAAAAUGUUAUACCGAAUACAGUAUUGCUUUCACUGAUA